GAGAAGAAGUUCCAGUGUCUGUUUGAGGGGAUCGCUAAAGCAGGGAACCCAACCCUUCUGAAUCAGAUCUACACACCGCUCUACAUCACAGAGGGAGGGACUGCAGAGGUUAAUGAUGAACAUGAGGUCAGACAGAUUGAAACAGCAUCCAGGAAACCAGACAGACCAGAAACAACAAUCAGACAAGAAGACAUCUUUAAAGCCUCACCUGGAAGAGAUGAACCAAUCAGAGCAGUGAUGACAAAGGGAGUGGCUGGCAUUGGGAAAACAGUCUUAACACAGAAGUUCACUCUGGACUGGGCUGAAGACAAAGCCAACCAGGACAUACACUUCACAUUUCCAUUCACUUUCAGAGAGCUGAAUGUGCUGAAAGAGAAAAAGUACAGCUUGGUGGAACUUGUUCAUCACUUCUUUACUGAAACCAAAGAAGCAGGAAUCUGCAGGUUUGACGAGUUCCAGGUUGUGUUCAUCUUUGACGGUCUGGAUGAGUGUCGACUUCCUCUGGACUUCCACAACAAAGAGAUCCUGACUGAUGUUACAGAGUCCACCUCAGUGGAUGUGCUGCUGACAAACCUCAUCAGGGGGAAACUGCUUCCCUCUGCUCGCCUCUGGAUAACCACACGACCUGCAGCAGCCAAUCAGAUCCCUCCUGAGUGUGUUGGCAUGGUGACAGAGGUCAGAGGGUUCACUGACCCACAGAAGGAGGAGUACUUCCGGAAGAGAUUCAGAGAUGAGGAGCAGGCCAGCACCAUCAUCUCCCACAUCAAGACAUCACGAAGCCUCCACAUCAUGUGCCACAUCCCAGUCUUCUGCUGGAUCACUGCUACAGUUCUGGAGGAUGUGUUAAAAAGCAGAAAGAGAGGAGGACUGCCCAAGACCCUGACUGGGAUGUACAUCCACUUCCUGGUGCUUCAGUCCAAACUGAAGAACAUCAAGUAUGAUGGAGGAGCUGAGACAGAUCCACACUGGAGUCCAAAGAGCAGGAAGAUGAUUGAGUCUCUGGGAAAACUGGCUUUUGAGCAGCUGCAGAAAGGAAACCUGAUCUUCUAUGAAUCAGACCUGACAGAGUGUGGCAUCAAUAUCAGAGCAGCCUCAGUCUGCUCAGGAGUGUUCACACAGAUCUUUAAAGAGGAGAGAGGGCUGUACCAGGAAAAGGUGUUCUGCUUCGUCCAUCUGAGUGUUCAGGAGUUUCUGGCUGCUCUUCAUGUCCAUCUGACAUUCAUGAAGUCUGGAGUCAAUCUGCUGGCUGGAAAACAAACAACAUCCCAGAUACGUUUCUACCAGAGUGCUGUGGACAAGGCCUUAAAGAGUCCAAAUGGACACCUGGACUUGUUCCUCCGCUUUCUCCUGGGUCUUUCACUGCAGACCAAUCAGACUCUCCUAAGAGGUCUGUUGACACAGACAGGAAGUAGCUCACAGACCAAUCAGAAAACAGUUGAGUACAUCAAGAAGAAGAUCAGUGGGAAUUUGUCUGCAGAGAGAAGCAUCAAUCUGUUCCACUGUCUGAAUGAACUGAAUGAUCGUUCUCUAGUAGAGCAGAUCCAACAGUACCUGAGAUCAGGAAGUCUCUCCACAAAUAAACUCCACUCUCCUUCUCAGUGGUCAGCUCUGGUCUUCAUCUUACUGUCAUCAGAAAAAGAUCUGGAUGUGUUUGACCUGAAGAAAUACUCUGCUUCAGAGAAGGCUCUUCUGAGGCUGCUGCCAGUGGUCAAAGCCUCCAACAAAGCUCUGUAG